AUGGAUUUUCUUCCGGAUUCCAAUUUUUCUAUGGAAUCCACCAACACAACAGCAUCAGCUGUGGACAGUCCCCACCACUGCAGCGCCGUCCUCCUGGUCAUCUUUGGCAUCAUCUUCCUCUUUGGCAUCCUGGGCAACUGCAUCGUCAUCUACACCAUCAUGAAGAAAACCAAGUGCCGCGCCAAGCAGACCGUCCCCGACGUGUUCAUCCUGAACCUGUCCAUCGUGGACGUCCUCUUCCUCCUCGGGAUGCCGUUCCUCAUCCACCAGUUGCUCGGCAACGGGACGUGGCGCUUCGGAGCCACACUGUGCACAGUUAUCACCGCGCUGGACUCCAACAGUCAGAUUGUGAGCACUUACAUCCUCACGGCGAUGACCCUGGAUCGCUACGUGGCCACGGUCCACCCCAUACGCUUCAACUACAUCCGAACGCCGUACGUGGCCUCGAUGGUCAUCGCCUUUGUCUGGGCUCUGUCCUUGAUCACCAUCAUCCCGGUGUGGAUGUACGCCGACCUCAUGCCGCUGCCCGACGGCCUGGUGGCCUGUGCCUUGCUUCUGCCCGACCCGGUGACCGACACCUUCUGGUUCACGCUGUGCCAGUUCUUCUUGGCCUUCGCUAUCCCGCUGGCCAUCAUCUGCAGGGUGUUCUUCAAGAUCCUGCAGCACGUGUCCACCAGCGUCGCCCCGCUCCCUCAGAGGAACCUGAGGGUCCGCACCAGGAAGGUGACCCGCAUGGCGGUCGCCAUCUGCCUGGCCUUUUUCAUCUGCUGGGCUCCCUACUACAUCCUCCAGCUGGUCCACCUGGGCGUGCAGAACCCGAGUCUGGCCUUCUCCUAUGCCUACAACAUCGCCAUCAGCAUGGGCUACGCCAACAGCUGCAUCAACCCCUUCCUCUACAUCGUGCUGAGUGAAACCUUCAAGAGGCAGUUCCUCAGAGCCGUGCGUCCCGCCAACAUGAAGUUCAACGUCAACUCCAGCACGGCGGAGGGGCGCAGCGUCAGUAUGAGGAUGGUCCCGGACAGAGGUCACGACGAGCAAGCUUCCAGGGACAUGUUGCCCUCCAAUGUCCCCUCACAGUAAAGAAGAAUCACCCAAAGAGGGAUGGAAGGGUCUGAUUACAAUAU